GCUGCCGGCUAUUGGGCAGUCAGUAGGCAGUCACUGCGGUCAGAGACGCAAACAUGCGCACUGUGGCGCUACUGCUGGUCGCUGCCCUCUCUGUGGGAGUCGCAGACUCCGCACCGCGCCCCCAGCUUCUCCAGGGGGAGGACGUGUUCGUGACGGUGGAGACGGGCGCCCUCAGGGGCGUGGUGGCCUCGUCGCUCAACGGCACGCUCUACAACAGGUUCGUCGGCAUCCCGUUCGCAACCCCGCCCCUCGGAGACCUCCGAUUCAGGGCGCCGCAGCCAGCAGCCAACUGGUCUGGAACUCGAGAUGCGCUGACAUACGGCUCGGAGUGUCCUCAGGGAGGUGCUGGCUCUGAGGACUGCCUGUACGUCAACGUGUACGUACCUUUGGUGAACGACAGCUCUCCCCUGGCCGUGAUGGUCAACAUCUACGGUGGGGCGUACACGGGGGGUUCCUCUACAUAUAGGGCGCCCGACUACUUCAUGGACAAGGGUGUGCUGCUGGUCACUUUCAAUUAUCGAGUCGGCUCCAUUGGUUUCCUGAGCCUUCAGAAUGACGACAUCCCUGGCAACGCGGGCCUCAAGGACCAGGUGUUCGCGCUGCAGUGGGUGCAACGCAACAUCGCCGCCUUCGGAGGCGACCCGAGCAAGGUCACCAUCUUUGGGGAGAGCGCAGGCGGUUCCUCUACGUCGCACUUGUUCUUCUCUCCGGCAGCCAAAGGUCUGUUCCGGGGAGUGGUCAUGGAGAGUGGCGAAGCGAACGCCGUCUGGGGCGUAGAGGCCAACCCCCGAGAGAAGGCAUACCGUCUGGCGGCGGCCCUCGGCUUCCAGACGCAGGGCGCCGACGAUUCCUCCGUAGCGGCCUUCCUCAGAGCCGCCAGCCACUCCGACCUCACCAGAGACGACAACAGGGCCCUCUCUGAUUUCGAGAAGCGCCGCCUGAGCAGACUCGCCUUCGUGCCCGUCAUUGAGCCGCAGUCGGACUCCGCGGUUGUCACCGAGUCUCCAGGGGACAUCCUGAGGGACGGCCGCUACAACCAGGUCGCCGUCAUGACUGGCGUCACCUCUGCAGAUGGAGGCGUCGUUAUUCUGUCGUCGGGAAUCCUGUGGAACGACGCUUAUGCUGCAGACGUAAGAGAGAACUUCACAGAGCUGGUGGGAUCCCAGCUACAGUUGCCAACAGUGGAGGAGCAGACCGACGCGGCUGUAAAGCUCGAGAACUUCUACUUCGGUGAUGAAGGAUUCUCCAUAGACAAUACUCAAGCCGUAUACGACAUGGUUUCGGACAUGUACUUCAUACAACCAGCUGAAGCACUCGCCAGGACAGUGGCCAAUACGAGCGACCUACCAGUCUAUUUGUAUUACUUCGACUACGAUGGCUACGGUGCUACACAAUAUGGUAUGGGCCACGCAGCAGAAGCAAGUUACCUUUUCCUCCAGAAUGGGCCAGACAAGGAUCCGAAUUCUAACGACGGAAAGGUGACUGAGCUGCUGACCACUCUGUGGACAAAUUUCGCUAAGUACGGCGAUCCUGCGCCAGGUGGAAGUCCAGUAACGUGGGGCCCGUUCACGGCGGACACUGCCAAUUACCUGGACAUGAAGCUGGAGUUUGUCACACGGCAGGAUCUCCUCAAGGAGCGUAUGGAUUUUUGGAAACAGAUCCUGCACCAGUAGAAUACCACCUCUCAGUACUCUGUAUGUUGCUGAAUGUGUGAAUAAAUUUUACCCUCUAAUGAUAACUUAGAAAUGG